AUGAGCGCCCUCAGGCUAUCCCGUGCAGCACUACGUGCCGGCUCUGCGGUUACUCUGAAACCAAUUCAGCGCAGAGGCUAUGCCGAUGCGGUCUCAGACAAAAUAAAGCUUUCUCUGGCCCUUCCUCACCAGGCUAUUUACACCGCGACAGAUGUCGUACAAGUGAAUAUUCCUGCCGAGUCCGGAGAAAUGGGUAUUCUUGCGCAACAUGUCCCUUCAAUUGAGCAGUUGAAACCUGGCUUGGUCGAAAUCAUCCAAGAGAGUGGUGGAAGCAAACAAUUUUUCUUGUCUGGUGGAUUUGCUGUUGUCCAACCUAACUCCGUCCUGAGCAUCAACGCGGUCGAAGGCUUCCCAAUCGAGGAAUUCAGCGAAGAGGCAGUCCGAUCACAAAUAUCCGAGGCCCAGAAGGUUGCCAGUGGAACAGGAAGUGAACAAGAUGUUGCUGAAGCCAAGAUCGAGCUUGAGGUCCUCGAGUCCUUGCAGGCGGCAAUGAAAUAA